UUUUCUCGAGAAGUUGUUCGCGAUUCGAGGUGCGAGCUUUGUUUUCGAGAGAAGAGCAGUUGCUCUCUGACUCGGCAGAAUCCGCGUUUUCCUCCUGUCGAGGCACAGAGGUGCGAGUUCCUCUCUGUCGAAAAGAGGAGAAACCGAGGGCCUUCACCGCAGAAGAAAAGGAACUUUCAGUCUGUUGAAAGUGCGAAUCAGGCAAUCUUGAGACAGAAAUCGAACCUUGGACGCGCGUGGACUCUCGGAAAAUGUGAAAAGGUAAACUGUUCCUUUUUCGGUGAGUUCGCUGCCUACAGCCUUAGCAGGGGAAAGAUGCCUCGUCGCGUCCUGGAGAAGGCAUACACACGAACGUUUUUCAGGAAACGUUUUUCUGCUUCUCCUUCGGAAUCUAUAAAGAACGCAUGGAAAGGAACCUACUGUGUUUCCGCAUAGGUUCUACUUCUUUUUAUUUUAGAACUGGGGGAAAAAAGCUGAACGUCAAGAGGUCUAAAUGGGGGAGCGAGGAGGCGUUCUCACCGUCUACAGGUGGAUGUGUUUAACGGAACCUUAGAUUUCAGCAUCACCCACGCAAGACGGAAGGGCUGUCUCUGAUUCAGAAGAAAGGCGCGAGACGCAGCGAUCCACUGUCACCUUGGCAAGAGGAGCUCUUUCUCUGCACAAAUUUCAGGAGGUAGAUCGACCAGAGGGAAAGCAUUUAAGAAGGCAGACCGCACAUGAAGAGAAAGGGGAGUGGAGGGAAGGCCGUGGACAUGAAGCGACGCGCAUGCAGAGGCAGCGGUACCAGGUGUGAAAGUUAAAAUCCGUUUUUUCGCGCGAGCAAGGCGCGUCUUUGUUAAGUCUCCUGGAUCUCUCGAGAUGCGAAUUUCGCCGACCGCGACCGCAGUCGACAGAGCAAGUCUCUAAGCCUGUAUGCAGCCGGGGCAACGGCGUCUGGAUCAAUGCACGCGACGACAGAGGUUGUGUUGGAGGUGUAGAUGUAGACAGAAAGCAGUGGAGAAAGAGUUUCUCUUUUGCUAUCGAAAUUGAGGCUACAGCAAGGAACGCCAAGUAGCCGCUAGCAACGCGCAGAGUGCUGGGACUCGAGAGCGAGAGGGCCGCAGUGUUUACCGGUUAACAUGGACCAGCUGUUCCUGUGUUCAGGUCGAGGCGGUGCUUGUCUCUUUGCAACUGUGUCCAUUUUUAUUGAUCGGUCACAAAAAAACUCGUAUUCGCUCGCGUCAGGAUACACUCGCGCGCGCAGACGUUUGUUUUUUGAGGGCAACGAGGCCUUUCGAGGCGCCUUGGUGGGGUCAAAGAGAAAAGAAAAGAGCGAGUCGACGUUGUGUGCCAAGAAGGGUGUCUCCCCUAGCAUGUUUCCGGAAAACAAACUUUUUUCUCCGCUGCAGAAACAAACAGGGCAUCCUCCUCCCCAGAGAGAGUUCCAUUUUUCGCGCGGACGCGCAGACGCGUGCUCGCGACUACUCGGGCGCAGCACGCAAAGAUAGCGGGGCUCGCCGACGCGCUCUUCAGCUUUUUUUCAUAUUUCUUCUCUUUUUUCCCUGGACUUUUCGCUCGCGUUUUCUGGACAGAACAACUUGCCCAGCAACGCGAAUGACGGGUGCUUCCAGGUCUCCGCCUUUCCUCCUGGCCUCCUCCUCUGUCUUCCUGUGAGAGGUCUCUUCUCCGCUAUCGAGGGCCAGGAACGAGAGGAGACAGUCUCUGAUGCUUCGAAGUUUUCGUCUUUUUUUCUAAAGGGAGUCGAGCGAAGAAGUCUUUCUGCGAGACUCGAAAAAGACAAAGAAAAGACGCCUCUCGCGGCGUCGUGGAACGAACUCGGCGCCUACGAAGGCGCUAGCGAGAGGAUCGCCCGACUCUCAACUCUUGUCAAGUUCUUUCUUCCUCUUCGUCCACCUCGUGUCUAUCUUCUUGGAUGCUUUUUCUCCUUUGACUCUCUUCUUCUCCAUUCCCUUCCGUUCUCUGCCCCUGUCUCAUCCCGCGUCCUCUCUUCUUCCUCUUUUGCCUUCUUCUUCCUCGCCUCUCUCCUUCGUCCUCGCCUCUCUCCUUCGUCCUCGCCUCUCGCCUUCGUCCUCGCCUCUCUGUCGCGCUGCCUGUUCUCCGCCGCCAUGUCGGAACUCGCUACGGCUCCCCAUCACGGGGAAGUGCAUGCGUCGUUUGACGUGGAGCACGGCGCAGCUUCUUCUUCCUCUUCGUCUUCUGCUUCCGCCGCACCGCCUCCGGCCCGCUCGACAGCUUGGUCGUUGCCGCCAGCGUCUUUCUCGGAUGCAUGCAGGACGUCGCUGCUGUCUGCCGAGCAACGGGAGUCUCCGAGGUUCCGGCCGCUGCCGGCGUCGUCGGAUGAAGAGACGCCUUCGCUGGCUUCGCCUGUGGGCGCCUCGCCGCGCUGCUCGGCCGCGCUGCAAGGCUCGUUCUUGGUGAGCGCCAGUGGUCUCGGGGCGAGUUUGGAGAUGAAGCGAAUCAUUUGGAUGCUUCUCUGGGCGCUGUCGAUGCUCCUCACGCUCUCUGCUCCAGGUCCGCCUUUCGGAAAGUACAACAUUGCCUGGGCAGACGUCGUCGAGGUUCUCUACAAAUGGCCUGCCUGCGCGUUCGGCGCAGGCUACCUGCUGCUCUUCGCCGUCUUCGCCGGCUUCGGAUGCAUCGUGACUCCCCGCAGCUGGCUGGCCAUCGGCCCUGCGCUCUUCUGCUUCCACUUGUUCGAGGAAAAUGGACUGAACGGACUGGACGCGCGCAGGUCUCCCUUCAAGGCGCACGCGAACCUCGUCCUCAAAACGCUCUGCGGGAAGACCUCCUGGGAGCCUGACUUCCUCAGCGACGCCUCCGUCAUGGUGUUCUCUUUCCUGCAUGUCGGAGGUGUCGGUCUGAUGGCUCUGUGGCAAGGACCGUGGUACGGAACGGGCGUCCUUGCGUUUGGCUUGACUCUGGUCGACGGCGUCCUCCACGUCCUUUGCUUCGUGUUCUCUGGAUUCUCUUACAACCCAGGUCUCUUCUCUGCUAUUCUCCUGUGCAUUCCGUCUGCACUCUACUACUUCUUUCUGCUCGAUCGCUACAUGCUGGAGAAUUCGCGGGCGUCGCUGCUGAGAGUCCUGCGCCUCGGCGUCAGCCUCGCGGCUCUCGUCUACUUCCUCCUCGCCGUCGCCAUCCUCUGUCGCCUGCCUGCCGUCACCUACGUAGUAGCCUACUUGCCGGCCUUCGUGCUCGCGAUCGUCCAGUUCCAAACGUUCCAGAAAACCGGAGGUUCGCCCAGAUGGGCAGAACUGUGGUGACGCGCAGACGAGAGGCGACAGCCGGACAAGAGAAGCGGAGGGGAAGCGAGAAGAAAGAGCCGAGAGAUGGAGGGGAGAACGGCAGCAGACGAAGAGAGACAAGGAACGAGAGAGGAAGAGACAAAGAGACGUUUGUGCAUAAUCUUUUCAGCUCGCUGAGACUCUUGCGCGAUUUCGCGAAUCGAAUUUCUCUGCUCUCUCCAGAUGUCUCUGGAUUUCCGGAAGAGCGCCGCGCAUCCAGAGAGUCCAAUCUGUUUUGCUCGCCUCAUCCUUUCCGCAGAGACACGCAACUGCUUCAGUUGCACUUUGCAGGAAUGUAUCUUCCUAGGAAGAUACACACGUAUCUUUUCAUAUGUAUGUGUAUAAAUACAUACAUAUAUAUAUAUAUAUAUAUAUGUAUAUAUAUGUAUAUAUUUAUAUAUAUGUAUGUAUGUAUAUCUUUAAAUAUAAACAAAGGUUGUUUAUGUAUGUCUAUGUGGAGACAGCGAAGUAGACAUCUUUGUAUGAUGUGUACGACUCUGGGUGUGGAUUUUUGGUUACUGCGUUGUGUAGGCGGAAAUCACAGCGAGAAUUUGUGGGUGUGUUUGAGAGAUUUUCUGCAGCUUCUCUCGAAAAGAAGCAGAGUCAGCGUCAGUGAAGAGCUUUCGAGGCCUCUCCGUUUUCUCACCUGAAAGCUGUCUCCAACGCGUCUGGCCUGAAAGCGUUUUCUCCUCUCCGCUGCUUCUGCCUCGGAUUUUCCCCUUUUUCUUCAACACUGGCGGCCUGGGGUCAUGCAUGUCGAAAAAACGCGCGGCAAGGAGACAUGUCGCGCGGUGUCUCCCCUCGUGGAACAUGCGGAUAAAGUACACCUGAGCGUGUAGCAAAGCGCACACAUGUCGCUACCAAAGAUACGCUUUCGAACAUGUCCGUCCGCUCAGGAUUUAGCGAUGCAUGCUUGCAUCUGCACCUGAGAGUCGAGUCAGACAGAAAGCCUUCGUAAAUACAUAUAGACAUACAUAUAUAUACAAUAUAUAUAUAUAUAUAUAUGUAUAUAUGUAUAUUUGUAUAUGUAUCUGUCUGUGUAUUUGUGCGUCUGUAUGGUGUGGAGAAGCAUGCACGUAUAUAUGUAGGCGGACACUGUGUUAGGGAGAAACAUUUUUUUUUAAAUUUCGGAUGGAGAGGUGAGGCUCUGUGACUUGCAGGGUUGAAAAGUGAGUGGCUGCGAGUUUUUGCGCGUGUGUCUAUUUUUUUCUCGUUUCUCUUUGGAACAUUUGAAGCCUCGGAUGCGUUUCAAAGACCGUCCACAGACUCCCAGAGAGCGCAUGCGCCACACGCUCCCGUCUUGCGAAAAUCCGUUUUGCAUCUACUCUCUUUUCUUCUAUCAAUCGUUCGAUUCGCUCGUUUGUGACCGUGGGGAAGCUGAAUUUCUCUCAAAAGUGAGAUUCCACUUGUUCUCUCUCGAACAUUCGCAGGCUCUCAGGCAAAGCAGGGAAAUCAGAUUCGGUCGUCUCUCUGUCGCCACAGGAACUCUUCUCUGACUUGUCAAAGUACUGGAUGAUUUGCUCACAAAUAUUUAUAUAUGUAUAUAUAUAUAUAUAUAUAUGCGUUAGAUGUGUAUUUGAAAGCAGUCACCGAGAGCGAAAGACCUACCUCUAUUUAGGUUUUUAUGUGCAGCAAGACUGUUCGAGACUGAAUGGUGGAAAGUGUAAACGACUCUGAGAGUCAGUUGCAUGCCUUUGAGUGUUUCUUUGUAAGCUUCGCCGACCUUUUCUUUUGAAUUACUUCAGUCCAGACUUUAGGCUUUUCGUUCUGUCUUCAACAGAGAGAGGCGAAGACCACGGAGAGACACGGAGCGAGAACACCGAGAGAAAGAAAAGAAGGAAACAAAAAGAAAAGCAACAGUCCGACACUGCCCUUUCAGAGAGAGGCCUGUUCGACGAAUGCAGAGAGAGAUCCUACAGACAUGGGACCCUACAGCGUUGAACGCAGGAAGAAACAGAAGAAGAA